AUGUCUGACAUAAUAACAUUAUCCGAUGAUGAGGAAGAAGGAAGGAGAAUCGAAGGAAUUCCAACAACUUUUGGAGAUGAUAAUUUAUCAAGAUUUUCAUUCGAUGUUGGUUGCUCACAACAUGUUUCAAAUAAUAUUGAACCGGAUUAUUUUGAAAAUGAUUUUUACGACAAUGAUAUUUAUGUUCCUUAUGAACCAGAACAAACCUCACCAAUACUCACUAAUAUUUUACCAAAAACACCAAAAUCAAUAUCAAGGAGGCGAUCAGUUUCAACAAGUUGUUUGAAAUCCGAAAUUCCGAACGUUAAAAGUCCGCCGAAAUUCGAAGUUUGUUCUUCUUCAAUUAAUAUUUCAAGCGACGAAGAAGAUGAAACUGAUGAACUUGGACUUCGAGCGCUUUUGAGUCCGAAAAAACGGAAAACUAGAGAAAAAAUUGGAAAAGUUAACAAUGAAUUUUUUGGUGUUUACUGUUUAAUUAGUCGAAGUGAUCGACCAUGUUAUAAAGUGAGUUUCUCUGAAUUAAAAACAUUUAUAAUACGUUAAAAUCGUCGUAUUUAGAAUCGAUGUUAUAUUGGAUAUACAGUUGAUCCAAAUCGUAGAAUUACACAACAUAAUGGAGGAAGAUUGAAAGGAGGUGCUAAGAAAACAGAUAGUCGUGGACCAUGGUAAUUUACUAUUUGUUUUAAAUCACCUUUAGAUGAAUAUAUAUUUUCUAUUUAAAGGGACAUGGUUUGUGUAAUUCACGGUUUUCCGAAUCACGUGGCAGCACUGCGUUUUGAAUGGGCUUGGCAAAAUCCGAAUGUUUCGAAAGUUAUAAAAGAAAAACAACUGAAAAAGGAGAAAAAAGAGACACCUUUCGCUUAUCAGUCAGAUUUUCUUUUCCUUGAUUUUUUAAAAAGUUUUUCAAUAUAUUUUUCCAGAUUGCGAAUAGCAUGUAAUCUUAUGUCAUCUGUGCCAUUCAAUCGAUACGCUCUUACAUUUCGAUGGUUGAUAACAAACGAAGAAAUACCGUUUCCGGUAACUUGUUUACCACCUGAACAUAUCAAGAAAAAAUAUGGGAAAGUUAACAAAGAAAUAAGUAUCGUCUCAGAUAAAAAAGAUGAUUAUGAAAAACUUGGAGAAUGUCAUAUUUGUGGAAAAGAUAUUCUAAAGGUAAUUACAGUACUAUAAGAUUUUUUCUCCAAAAUUUUUACGUUUCUCAGAUUUGGCAUUUCAGUCGUUGCUUAUCUACAACCUGUCGAGGAAAUUUUCACACUUCUUGUUUAUCCGAACAUGCUUUAAAAUCUUCAAAAACAGAUAAUCUCAAAACUCAAUUAUUCCCUGUUUCUGGAAAUUGUCCUAUUUGUUCUCACACAUUUGUGUGGGGUGAUAUAAUUCGAGAACAGCGGCGAUUGUUGAAAAUUUCAGCAAAAUGUGAAAACGAUGAAUUAAAAUUGCUUGUCAUUCGAAAGACCGUGAUUUGA